AUGCCGCGGAUCAUCUUCCUCGGCGUGGAAGGCGAGAACGAGAGCCAAAAUGCCGUCGUCGGCCUCGAUCAGACUGUCAUCAACUCCUAUCCAAAAUUCAUCUUCUUCACGAAGAAGAGCGGCGCCGCAGCGGACGACGACGUAUGCUUGAUUUUCUUGUCGAAGUAUAGGGAAUCGGAGAUGCUACGGAUGCUGCCGGAUUUCAGGCACUACUUCCACGUGAUGUGCAUGGAUGCGUGGCUGAAGCUCAACGCGUCGUGCCCCGUUUGCAGGAGUUCGCAGCUCCCGACGCUGCUAUCGAUGCCGCUACAGUAA